AUGAGUGAACCGAAUGAAGAAUAUCGAUACAUUUCAAAAAUUAAUACAAAAAAAGUAAAAAUGCAACGCAAGAUGCGACAAUCUAAAUCGAGAUCUAGUGCACAUUCUGAGAGAGUAGCACAAAUUUGGUUUAAGCAUUUUAAGUCUGGAAAUUUUGAUAUCAAAGAUGCACGUCGCUCCGCUAGCCUUGUUACGGAUAAAAUGGAUGCCAUUUUUGAAAAUAUGGAGCAAGAUCGGCAUAUCAGUAGUUACGAAGAACCAGGGAUUGACCACAAAACAGUUUUGACGCGUUUGAAAAGAGCUGGGUUACGUCUGAGCUACAAUGACUUGGGCCCAGAGUCGGCGCUGGCGCUGUGUGCUGCUAUAGAAGGAAACAACCAGUUUACACAUCUUGAUUUAUCGUGGAACAAGCUGUUUCCGGCUAAAGGUAUAGGUGAUCUCCUUCGUAUGCUCGGUGAAAACACUGUUCUUGUAGAGCUGAACUUAUCUUGGAACGGCCUGACUGUUGCCCAGCCAUUGAGGAAGGUCAUGACUAUACCCACCCUCAAAGUGUUGGAUCUUAGCAACAACAGGCUGACACCAGCAUCAGUUCGAGUCAUAUGUGCAAGUCUCCGGUUGGCAAAAAAGCUUGUGACACUGGACCUAUCCAACAAUCCCCUUACAACGAAUGACGCUGUGCUUUUAUUGGAGGUUAUGAAGGAGACCACUGUAAAGUUGAAGAAUUUGUUCAUGGAUAAUGUCACUGUGAAUAAGGAGUUCGCUAUGAUGCUACCAGAAGUUCUAUCAAUGGAACAUAGGAAGAAGACCACCAUUACUUACGGAAAAGUUAUUCACAACUAUACUCUAUCGGUGCCUGAUCUGCGGGAAAUUGUUAUGAAGAGACUCUUCUACAUAACCGACUCCGCUAAGAAAUGCACUAUGGAUAUGCCAGUUUAUUUUCUGAAAAUGGUAAAAAUACGUGAGGUGCUACAGCCAAGGGAGUUCAUGCGUGAUCUGAAAAUAUCCGGGGCUGCCUUAGAUGAAGGUCUGGUGGACGAGCUAGCCAACUGUUUCCCGGGACCGAAGACCGAUAAAGGCGGGAAGACGAUCAGUCUAGCUAAGGUGGUAGAGUUUGUGCAUCGGUUGUGGCCAGACGCGAAGGCCCCGGUCACCCCGCCACCGGAGCCGGAAAAACCGAAAAAGAAAAAGAAGGGUAAGAAAAAGUGAAGACAACGUAAAUUUUAGUUUUACUUAAUUUAUGAACAUUUACUGUAGUUGUGUAAUAAAUAUUUUUAUUUGUAAAAAAAAAAGAUUUUUAUUUCGUGAUUAAGGUUACUGAUAAGCGCCACGGCCCGCGAUCGUUGUCG